GUAUGCGAUUAUAUGUGAUUUAUUUUUGUUUUUUGAAUGAAAAUUCGGAUUUGUUCAUGUGUGUCUUGCUCAGAUGGUGUUUAGGUGAGUUUAAUGAUACUUCUUAAUUGAAAUCGUGUUAGUUCAGUGGUUGCACACAACUUGUUUGAGGAAAUGCCUGAGUGAAAAUCUCAUUUACUAUAUAAGCUUACUUGUAGUUUGUUAGUUGCUGUUGAUGUCUAUGUGCCAUGGUACACAAAUUCAGUGUUUUAUGCAGUCUUUACUUGAAUCAGGCCCGGUGAUAAACAAGCGCCGACGGUUCAAUUGAGCUUGGCACCAAAUGUUUGUGGUGUUUUCUGUAGUUUCACACAUAUGGAAUCAAACUUGGACCAUUCGUUGGAUGAAGAUGAAGAAGUCAUGGAGGAUACCACACUUCAUACUCGGCGAGUGACAUCAUUAGAUAGCGUUAGGAAAGUUGUAAAUCUAUCAGUUGAAUUCGACCCCGUCACUUUUAUUCCACUUGGAAAACCUGGAAAUAAGUAUACUAGUUGGGUAGGACUCGAGACAAGAUCAAAAAUUUCAAUCCUUGUGAGUGAUUGGAAGACAGUCGACAAAUCCUUGAAGGAUCACUUGUGGUUGUCUAUUCAGUCUCCUGAGCAUGUCACAAAUGCAAUUCUCAAUGCUUUCGGUGCACCACACAACAAAAAUAAGGUCUUCUUUCUCGCACCGUAUACCCAAGGGGGUCACUGGGUGCUUCUUUUGGUCUUGCCUAAACCCCGUAUGGUUUAUGUUUUGGAUGCAUCACACUUAGAUACAGGGAAGAAGCCAGAAUCGUAUCACAUCAAACCACUAAUUGAUUCGGCUAUUACAAUGUGUGAUUUGUCGGCCAAUGUUUCAUCUCAGUGGGUGACUUGGGUUAUGGUCAAGUGUAAUCAACAAAAAAAUACUUGGGAGUGUGGAUAUUAUGUUUGCAAGUGGUUGUUCCACUUUGUGGUGGAGCAACAGUAUAGUUUUCCCCAACAGAACCCAUAGGCAACCGAGUUUUUUAGUGAUGCAGAAGUGGACGGAGUUGCUGUAUCAAUUGUCAAUCGGCUAAAGUUGUGAUGCUUUUGAAGUUCAUUGUCGUAGCUUUUAGGUUUAGAAGUCAAGAUACCAUGGAUAUUGGAUCAUCACCAUUUUGCAAACAUAUGAUGUUUUGCAUAUGUUAUGAAUAUGUUUUGUCACCUUCAAGGUGCUUUUGAAUGCUAGCUUUUGAGACUAUGAUAUAUAUGUAUGCUUCAUCUCCAUGUUGUUUGAUAUAUAUUUAUGUUUCGGUAUUUGAUUUGUUAUUGGCAAGUUGCUGGUGUUUGAUAUGCUUGUGAUAGGUGUGAAGUUUGAUAUGCUUGUUAAAAAUAGGUGUGAUUAAUGCUAUAAAAUGAUCUGGAAAGAUUAGCUUA